UCUGCCUUGCUCUGCUUCCGCUUCUUCUUCCUGUCGCUGCAAGUGUAAGUUCUUGACCGAUCGUUCAAGCGCCCACGGUUCGACUUGGUCGGCCGAGCACGUACGUCGAUGGACCAUCUGCUGCACCAUGGGCACGAGAUGAGGAGGCCGUCCGUGCCCGGCCACGAGGCGGCGCUGAGGGCCGUCCAGAAGCCGCCGGCCAAGCCGUGGCGCGCGGGCGGCGGCUUAACGCCGGCGCCGACGCCGCCCAAGGUGUACCGCGUGGAGCCCCGGGAGUUCCGCGACCUCGUGCAGAGGCUCACCGGCGCGCCCGCCGCGGCCAUGGCCAGGCAGCACCAGCACACACAUCAGCUGCAGCGCGCGCCGACGCAGCCCGUGCCCGUGCGCCCCGGCGGUGUCGAGGACGCCGCCGCCGGGGGGCAGAUGUACGCGCCCUGGUGCUCGUUCCCGCUCAUGGGCCCGCCGGCAUCCAUGCACCCCGGCCUCGACGGCCACCAUCUCAUGUAGAGUAGCUCCGCCCUCCGGCAUGCCGCCGCUCUUGUAUGUACAUCCUUGUUUUCUAGGACAAGCAAAGCUAGGCGCGUAAACUUCAAGGGAGCGAGUAAAAAACUUUUUAAUAUCCAGUCCAGUUAGUUCUAAGUUCUUAGCAAACUCUUUUCCAGAAACAAAAAUGUUGUUAGCAAACAUAAUACUCCCUGUUAAAAAAAAGCAAAUAUAAUACUCGUUGCUCCCUUUGUAAUAUUGUUAGCACCUGCACAAGAUGUAAUUACCAAGGUUGAAGCGACAGUAUGUUUGCGAUGAACAAACU